AUGGCAGAUUUGGUACUGGGCCUGGCGUCCUCCCACAGCCCGCAAUUGAGCACCCCGGCCGAGGGAUGGGCCGGACGAGGCGAACGAGACAAGGGACAUCUGGAACUGAUCGGCACUGACGGCAUAACGUCAAACUUUGAGGAUUUGCUUGCCCGUUGCGACGCCUCCCGCAUCGCCAAAGAGAUCACCCAGGAGAAGUUUGAGCAGCGCCACCAGCAGAACCAGAAAGCCAUCAGCCACCUGUCGAAAAAGUUGCACGACGCCAAGCUGGACGUUCUAGUCAUGGUAGGCGACGACCAGCAGGAGUACCUUCUGGACGACAAUAUGCCGGCCUUCUGUGUUUACUGGGGCGACCAGGUAAAGGUGGCCGGCCACGAAGCCGGGCCAUCCACGGGUGGACAACACCUGAUUGGCUACCACACCGAGGACCAGUACGCCCCCACCGAUUCUUCGUUUGGCCGCCAUAUCAUAGAGCAGCUAAUGGAAUCAGAAUUUGACGUGGGACGGUCCAGCCACCUGGACCCACGAAAAGGCGGGCGGGCCAAGGGAGGCAUAGGACAUGCCUUCGGCUACGUCUAUAACCGUCUUAUGACCGGCGAUACUAUCCCCACCAUCCCGAUAAUGCUCAAUACCUACUACCCCCCAAAUCAACCCACGCCCAAGAGAUGCCAUAACCUGGGGCAGGCGCUGCAAGAAGCCAUCGCAUCGUGGCCGAAGGAUAUCCGCGUUGGCAUCCUGGCUUCGGGGGGCCUAAGCCAUUUCGUGGUAGACGAAGAACUCGACCAGGCCGCGUUGGCAGGUAUGCAGGCCAAGAGCGUAGAACAGUUGAUAGCUCUUCCCAGGGAAAAGAUUAACUCCGGCAGUUCGGAGAUUCGCAACUGGAUUGUCGUGGCAGGGGCCACUGAACAGCUGGACAUGACGGUGGUGGACUACGUUCCCUGCUACCGCUCCCCGGCGGGCACCGGCUGUGCCAUGGGCUUCGCAACGUGGGAGUAA